AUGUUGGUUGUUUCAUUUUGGUAUCAGAGCCUAGACGGUUUUAGGACUGUUAGAAUUGCUAGGCUUAGUAUCAUCCCCUUCAGCUACAAGAGAUUCCGCGCUAGAGGUUGUGGCGCGAGAGGGCGCGGUGCUGAGGCCGUGGUGGCAGAGCUAGAGGCCGUGGAGGCCGGGGCCGAGAUUGUGGACUUCGGCGGAUUCGGGAGAGAGUGUGGUGCCGAGUGUGGCGACUGCGUCGGUGACCCAGUCGUUAUUGGCUCGUUUUCCGCCAGUGGUUCCACAAGGGGCUCCGGGAGUACCUCCAGUGGCAGAGGUGCAGCAGAGGGCUGCGGGUUUGUUCAGCCGCAGGCUGUGGGUUUGAUGGUGCCGUCCUAUUUGGAUAUGAUGGGGCACAUGCAGAGGAUUGUGGGCGGUUUUGAGUCCCACGUUUUAUUCGACUCUGGAGCAUCGAAUUGCUUCAUUACACCGGAGCGUGCCGAGAAGAGUGGCAUCCGGAGUAGCGCGGGCGAGAGCGCGGGCAUGGUCAAGGUGGCGGGAGGUGGAUUCUUGUCUACUUUGGGCCGUGCUAGAGGAGUCGAGAUCGAGAUUGCGGGGCAGUCAAUGCCAGCAGACUUAGUCAUCAGUCCGGUGGAGCUGUAUGACGUUAUUCUCGGGAUGGACUGGUUGUCACACUACAGAGUUCAUCUGGAUUGCUACAGAGGUAGAGUGGUCUUCGAGCGAGAUGCAGGGAGGUUGGUUUAUCAGGGAGUGAGACCGACUUCCGGGAGUAUUGUGAUAUCUGCUAUUCAGGCCGAGCAGUUGUUAGAGCGGGGCUGUGAGGCGUAUCUGGCGACGAUUUCUAUGUCUGAGUCAGGAGCUGGAGUUGUUAUGGGAGAUAUUGAGGUUGUCCAGGAUUUUGAGGAUGUCUUUCAGUCACUGAAGGGAUUACCACCAUCUCGGUCUGAUCCUUUCACGAUUGAGUUAGAGCCGGGGACAGCACCGAUAUCGAAGACGCCUUACAGGAUGGCGCCAGCUGAGUUGGCAGAGCUGAAGAAGCAGAUAGAGGACCUUUUGUCUAAGGGGUUCAUUCGACCGAGUGUUUCACCGUGGGGAGCACCGGUGUUGUUUGUGAAGAAGAAGGAUGGAGUUUCAGACUUUGUAUCGAUUACAGAGAUUGACUUGGCAUCGGGGUAUCAUCAGAUCCCGAUAGAUGAGGCAGAUGUCAGGAAGACUGCUUUCAGGACGCGUUAUGGGCAUUUUGAGUUUGUGGUUAUGCCUUUCGGUUUGACUAACGCGCCGGCAGCCUUCAUGAGAUUGAUGAACGACGAGGAGCAUGCGACUCACUUGAGGUUGGUUCUGGAGAAGCUUCGGGAGCAGAAGCUUUUUGCUAAGUUGAGCAAGUGCAGUUUCUGGCAGCGAGAGAUGGGAUUUCUUGGCCACAUUGUUUCUGCAGAGGGAGUUUCUGUGGAUCCGGCUAAGAUUGAGGCUAUCAGAGAUUGGCCUAGACCUAGUAGUGCCACCGAGAUCAGGAGUUUUCUGGCUGAGUGUGAGGAGAGCUUUAGUCAGCUCAAGGAGAUGUUGACUACUACACCAGUGUUGGCGUUACCCGAGCCAGGGAAGCCUUACAUGGUGUAUACAGAUGCUUCAGGCAUUGGUCUUGGUUGUGUGCUGAUGCAGGAGGGCAGAGUGAUAGCAUAUGCUUCGAGACAGUGGCAGGGCAGUGAGCGUAACCGUCCUACACAUGACUUAGAGUUGGGAGCAGUGAUCUUCGCGUUGAAGAUUUGGAGGUCUUACUUGCUAGGUGAGACAGUACAGGUCUUCACGGAUCACAAGAGUUUGCAGCAUAUCUUCACUCAGCCGAUGAUGAACGCGAGACAGACGCGCUGGGUUGAGUUCUUGGCGGACUAUCAGGUGAGCAUUAACUACCAUCCGGGCAAGGCUAACCUAGUGGCGGACGCGUUGAGUAGACGGAGGUAUGAUUCCGCAGUUGAGCGAGAUGUGGAGUCUCUAGUUGGCGAGAUCAGUACCUUGCGUUUGUGUGCCAUUUCGCAGGAGCCUUUGGGUUUAGAGGCAGUGGAUCAGGCGGAUCUACUUAGCAGGAUCAGAGUUGCUCAGCAGAGUGAUCAGAGUUUGCUAGAUGCGACGAGAGUGACUGGUUCUGAGUAUGAGGUCUCUGCGAAUGGGACUAUCUUGGUUCGUGGGCGAGUUUGUGUGCCUAAGGAUGUGGAGUUGAGACAUCAGAUUUUGGGAGAGGCUCACGCGAGCAAGUUUUCCAUUCAUCCGGGAGCGACCAAGAUGUACCAUGACCUCAAGAGGUACUAUCAUUGGGUCGGGAUGAAGAGGGAUGUAGCAGACUGGGUUGCGAAGUGCAACACUUGUGCCUUGGUGAAGGCAGAGCAUCAGGUUCCGGGUGGUCUUUUGCAGAGUUUACCCAUUCCAGAGUGGAAGUGGGACAGGAUUACGAUGGAUUUCGUGGUUGGACUACCUGUUUCGAGGACUUUCGAUGCUAUCUGGGUGAUUGUGGAUCGGUUGACUAAGUCUGCACAUUUCUUGGCCAUCAAGAAGACAGAUGGAGCUGCUGUCUUGGCUAGGAAGUUUGUGCGAGAGAUUGUGAGGCUGCAUGGAGUGCCAGCUAGUAUUGUGUCAGACCGUGAUCCCAGAUUCACUUCAGAGUUUUGGAGGGCGUUUCAGGCAGAGAUGGGCACUAAGGUGCAUCUGAGUACAGCUUAUCAUCCGCAGACAGAUGGUCAGUCAGAGAGGACUAUUCAGACUUUGGAGGAUUUGCUGAGGAUGUUGAUCGCGGGAUCAGGUCUUCCCUUUUCCUAUCCCUGA